GGCUGAGAGGGACUGGCCGCCCUCACAGCAAGAUGUACUGACGGGGAAGACAGGGUUAUCUGAGUUAAGCUGGUCGGCAUGCUGUGAACCGGGCUGGUGGAGUGAAUUUUAGCUUCUUUUUCAGGGAAGAGCGAAUGUCGCAGGCGGAUACUGUGGGGAAAUGAGUAACAGGAUGGAGGGUUCGGCGGGACCAGGUGUCAGGGCGAAUGGACCCAUCGCAGCGCCCAGCAGCCCGGUGAGCUCCCCCACAGGCCCACCUCUGUCCCCAGAAGAGCUGGAGGAAGAGCCACAGUCAACUCUGACAGAUGUCACCGAAAUGUGGAUUAAGUUCGGCAAGACUUUUGCCAUUAUCUUCCCGAUCUAUGUCUUGGGGUACUUUGAGUUCAGCUUUAGUUGGGUUCUGAUUGGACUCGCCAUGUUGUUCUAUUGGAGGAAAAACCAUGGCAAUAAAGACUACAGGAUAAACCGUGCCUUAGCAUUCCUGGAUCAUGAGGACAAAGUAGUGAAGCAAAGUGUGCCCACUUCAGAGCUGCCACCAUGGGUCCAUUACCCAGAUGUGGAGAGAGUGGAGUGGCUGAAUAAGACAGUGAAGCAGAUGUGGCCAUUUAUCUGCCAGUUUGUGGACAAACUGUUCAGAGAGACCAUCGAGCCGGCGGUGAAGAGUGCCAACCCUCAUCUCAGCACCUUCUGCUUCACCAAGAUCGACAUGGGCGACAAGCCACUGAGAGUGAACGGGGUGAAAGUUUACACGGAGAAUGUGGACAAGAGACAGGUCAUCAUGGACCUGCAAGUCAGCUUUGUCGGAAAUACAGCAAUUGACGUGGACAUCAAGAAAUACUAUUGCAGAGCUGGAAUCAAAAGUAUACAGCUUCACGGAACGAUGAGAGUGGUGAUGGAGCCUCUGCUGGGGGACAUGCCUCUGAUCGGAGCCCUGUCCGUCUUUUUCCUCAAGAAACCAUUGCUGGACAUCAAUUGGACGGGACUCACAAACAUGCUGGACAUUCCUGGUCUAAAUGGUUUGUGUGACAACAUUAUCCAGGACAUCAUCUACAACUUUGUGGUCCUGCCCAACCGCAUCACCAUCCCUCUGGUGGGAGAGGCCCAGCUGGCCCAGCUACGCUUCCCAAUACCCAAGGGUGUCCUGAGGAUCCACUUUAUCGAGGCCCAGGAUCUGCUGGGUAAAGACAAGUUCCUAGGAGGGCUCAUCAAAGGCAAGUCAGACCCAUACGGAGUCAUCCAGGUUGGGACCCAGCUCUUCCAGAGCAAGGUCAUCCACGAGACCGUCCACCCGAAAUGGAAUGAAGUAUACGAGGCCUUGAUCUAUGAAAAUACAGCACAGAAUGUGGAGAUUGAGCUGUUUGAUGAAGAUACUGACAAAGACGACUUCCUGGGAAGUCUGGUGAUCGACGUGGCCGAGCUCCAGAAGGAACAGAAGGUCGAUGAGUGGUUUGUGGUGGAAGAUGUGGCUACAGGGAAGCUGCACCUCAAACUGGAGUGGUUGUCUCUGCUGCCCACACCUGAGAAGUUGGACCAGGCACUAAUGAGCAUCAAAGCUGAUCGUGGUCAAGCCAAUGAUGGCCUGUCGUCUGCACUGCUGGUCGUCUUCCUUGAUUCAGCCAGAAACCUGCCGCGCAAUCCGUUAGAGUUCAACCAAGCGGGGCUGAAGAAGGCCUCGAUCAGUAAGGCCAUCAAGUCUGGCAAAAAAGUGACCAGCGAUCCCAGUCCGUUUGUCCAGUUCACAGUGGGACACAAGUCCUACGAGAGCAAGACAAGAUAUAAGACUAAUGAACCUGUGUGGGAGGAAUCCUUCACCUUCCUCAUCCAUAACCCCAAAUGUCAAGAGUUGGAGGUUGAGGUGAAGGAUGAGAAACACGAGUGUUCACUGGGGACGUUAACGCUGCCUCUGAGUCGCCUGCUGGAGGCCGAGGACAUGACGCUGAACCAGCGCUUUCCCCUGAGGAACUCCGGACCGAGCUGCACCCUCAAGAUGAAGAUGGCUCUGCGGGUGCUGUGCUUGGAUAAGAGCACUUCCUCAUCCUCAGACUCCACCCCAUCAUCCGUGCAAGUCCGCAAGAACAGCUCCGGCAACCAAACCCCUCGGCCCUCCGUCUCCUCUGGCUCCCCCGCAGCUCCCUCCUCCUCCACCUCCGACAUCCCCCGCUCUACUUCCGUGUCAGCCCAGGACCUGCUGAACCGACGGAAGGAGGCGGAGGACCCCUUUAGGUCUCCUGGAAGCACAGACUUGGGGCAGGGCAGUGGAAGAGGAGGAAGUCAGGGCCUGGCGGAGACUGGGAGGAGCACCUCCAACCUGGCCAUCUCUGGUUCCCAGCAGUACCUUGCUGGAGGCAAGGAACCAACACCCAGCAUCGCCUCAGAUAUCUCCAACCCCUACGCUGCUCAGGAGCUGCAGCAGAGACUUCAGCAGCUGCAGAAUGGUUCAGGCCCCAGUUAUUUCCCGCUAGGUGAGAUCCAGCUGACAGUCAGACACAGCUCCCAGAGGAACAAACUCAUCGUGGUCGUGCAUGCCUGCAGAAACCUGAUAGCAUUCACAGAUCACGGCUCAGAUCCUUACGUUCGCCUCUACCUGCUUCCUGACAAACGGAGGUCGGGCAGGAGGAAAACUCACACGUUCAAGAAAACCCUCAAUCCAAUUUACGAUCAGACGUUUGAGUUCAGUGUUUCCCUCGUGGAGCUCCACAGGCGGACUCUGGAUGUCGCAGUGAAGAACAGUGGAGGUCUGCUCUCCAAACACAAAGGCCUUCUGGGAAAGGUACUGGUGGAGUUGACCCAUGAGGACAUCAGUAAGGGCUGGACACAAUGGUUUGAGCUGAGUGAAGACGGCCUGUCGAAGCCUCACCAACUCUAAACGGCAACGAGAGAAACCAUCAUCAUCAUCAUAAUUAUUAUCAUCACUACCAUCAUAUCGCCACACUUCCACUUAAGUCGACAGUACGGCUUUUUGUUGUUGUUGUUUUUUAUCAUUACUUGUAAGUGUAUCAAAAGAAACAGAGAAGCAGCUUUUGACAUUCAUUUAAUCAUAUCAGUCGCAAGGCAAACCUCCCCUUUAAGAAGUGAAAGGCUGAUAGACUAAAGGGAGUAUACAACAAGUAGAAUACUAUAUAUUAUACAAUGUACUGCUGUGGAAAUCUAUAUUCCAUAAUUAUAGGAGAAACUAUAACAGCUGUAGAGGAAGACAAUCUAUUUUUUUUGCUGUUGCAGCAGUUUGAUAAAGAAAGACAAUGUACAAGUUUGUAAAUAUAAACGUGAAGAUGCUGGACAAAACAGACGCUGUGUUCUAGAGAUAAGAGAGGGGCGUCUCUUAUUUGGCCAAAUAAUUGUUUUUAUGUUAUUUGAUUACUUUUUUUUUUUUUUUCAAUGAAAAACAUUCUGGACAAAGUUUCUGAAGCAGAGCAGGCGGGCAGUCGCAGGGAAAGACGCCACCAAAGAGAACAGAAGUAUUUAAUUUUUUUGCCCUUUUGGGUUUUGGUAACACAGCUUUACCUUGGCUUUAUUCCACUAUAAGAAUUUGUGUAUUAACCAUGUGAAAAGAACUGUAGGUACAAAAAUAUUGUGCCAACCCAUUUGUACCCAAAGACUGUGUUAAGUACGAUAAGAAAAAAAAUCACUUUUGACUGAUUUUGAAAAAAGGAAAUUCCAAAUUUCAGUCUCCGGCACGAAUGUGAUGCAAAUAUGAGCUCUUUUAGUUCUUUUCCAUCUGUUAAUAUACCUGUUGUUACACUGAAAUAAUGCCAUUGUUAGGUGUGACCUGUUUGUUUUUUAAAGUGAAUAUUUGCACAUCUGUGUGUUUGGGGAACAUUUUUAUGCUUAGGUGCAAUUUAAACAUUGCCUAAAUUCCUCUAAGAGAAAAAAAAGUCUGUUUUAGUGAGUAAUUCUUAUCUUAAAUUUAACAGUUUUUAAAGGAAUAAUUUGGCAUUUUGGCAUUAACAUUCUUAUAGAGAGUGUUAGAUGAGAAGAUAACACUCUUAUGUCUGUUAGUUAUAUAUGACAUUACAGGCAGGAGUUGGUUAGCUUAGCUUAGCACAAAGACUUGAAACAGGGAAACAGCUAGCCUCUAAAGCUCACUAUUGGUACAUUAUAUUUUAUUUGCUUAAAUCCAAACAAAACAAUAGUUUAACAUAUAAAUCAGUAAGCUUCAGAGGUGCAGGUACACAGAUUUUUUUUUACUUUCAGACCAAGCAAAGCUAGCUGUUUCCACCUGUUUACAGUCUGUAUGCUCAGCUAAGCUAACUUGUUGCUGCUGGCUUUAUGUUAAACAGUGUCAUUGAUCUACUCAUCCAGCUGUUUCUUGGAAAAGGAAACUAGUAUGUUUGCUAAAAUGUUAAAGUAUUUCUCCAAGUUGAAUAAUGCAUCAACAUGAACUGUAUUUAAAAAUGAAGUGAUUAAUUUAUCACAUACGUUUUCUUCAUUCUAAAGCCACUAUGAAUAGAAGUGUCUGCACUGGCGCCCUCCAGUGGUAAAACAAAAAAAAAAAGGCACUGUGACAACUAUACUUUAAAUUCUCAAAUUAAUUCAUAUUAUUUAAUUCAUUGGCAGACAGAACAAGACCUUUAUUUGGACCAUGCAUUUAUGUUUAACUUCCCCUGUUCCCAAGGUAACACAAACUUCCUCCUUGUUUAUCUGUCAUGUCGAAAAAUUUGGUUAAUAAUGUAUAUUUUCACAUUAAUAGCCGACAUAUCCUCACCUCUCUGAUGCUUUGAAGUUUUGUGUAGUUUAUCUCGAGCAAUGUUAAGCAACUCAAGAAAACUCAUCACUUCCUGGAAAGUUUUCAUAUUAAAAGUCUUUCAGUUUGCCUUUAUAACCAAUCUUUUUAUUUUAAACAAACUAAAAAACAGGAAUAAAUUGAGCGAGUGAGGACAGUAUUUGUAAAAAGAAAAGAAAAAAGAAAGUGUGUGGAAAUGUUGAAUUCACCACGAGUUAUUUUUGUAUCCAGUCUUUAUUUGGCCGACUAGUAUUUACCAUUAUUACAUAAGAAUUAUCGGUUUACUCACCCGCACAAUCACUGAGAUAAAUUAUCUGAAAGCACCACAAGGACUGCUCCAAUUUCUACAAACAAAAACUUAUAAGUAAUUUGAAAGAUGAUUUAUUCAGAAAAAAAAAAAUCUACAAAUAGUGGCUUUAAAAACUAAGAAAAUUUAACAUUUACAAAACUUAGACAUUUGGAUUAAAUGGGCUUUGUUGUUGGUUUUGUUGUGGCGUUCACUGCAGGGUGUUUGUCACCGUUUCACUGAGGUUGAUAUGCCGAUAAUUUCCGCUGCAAUCAUUCUAAGUUGUUGACAUUUUGUUAAUAAAUCAACAUUGGUCUUAACGUGUCAUGAAGUGUCAUUUUCAACAUGUUGUGUCUCAUAUGAACAAACUAUGCAUAGUCUAAAUCGAGACACACACUCUUGUUGAAAAUGACAUUUGUUUUGUUUUGUGUACAUACAAUUUUUUCACGCACAUCAUAUUUAACACUGCUUUGACUUUACAGCACUUGCUCGGAAGGGAUUUAUAUCAGUAACAAAUACAUCAUUCUUGCUAUCAAACACACAUGAAUGCGUAUGUUAUCCAUGUGGCCCUUCAAAGCCAAAGAGCAGCGAUGUUGUGUUGAUACAAGGGAGGCAAAUGUGACCCUUGACCUUCAAAACACAGACUUUUGCCUUGUUGUGUGCAUAUCAAGAAAGUAUUUUACACAUAUGUAUGUUAACUGUGGCGUUCUGCAUUUUCUGUCUUUUAAUGUUUUUUUUUAUUUGUGUUUUGCAGCUUUCGCCCUCUUUGUCUUGUUCCGUGUUUUAUUUUGUAAGAAUCAAAAGAUUUGUGUGUAAGCCAAUGGAUUCGAGAGCUAUCCCUCUGUGGUGGACUUUGUCCUCUGAAAGGCGGUUUGUUUUCUCCGUCUUCUUAAUUUAUCUUGUGCCUUAAAGAUUCACACAACCUGGUGAUAUUUCCAUGUAUAAAAAGAACCAACAAAAUGCUUCAGUAGUUUCCCAUGUUUCAGAAUGUCUCCGUAAUGUCUUUUAAAACAAAUAAAGAGCUUUAGCUGGUGAUAGCAGCAUGAAGCUGUACAGCA